AUGGCGGGUAAAGAUGUGGUCGUGACCGGAGCCACUGGCCUCCUCGGAAGACAGGUCGCGCGGGCGUUUGACAUGAAGAGUUGGGACGUCAAGGGUACGGGAUACUCUCGCGCCGAUGGCGUAUCCGUCUUCAAAGUCGACCUCGGCAAGACCUCUGACGUCGAAAAGUUUCUCGAUGAAUCCAAGCCUCAGGUAGUCGUGCACUGCGCCGCUCAGAGGUUUCCAGACAAGGUAGACAGCGACCCGGACGCCGCCCGCGCCCUCAACGUCGAGGCCACGCGGUCCCUCGCCAAGCUCUGCGCCGCCCGCUCGACCCUGCUCAUCUACAUCUCGACCGACUACGUCUUCUCGGGAAAGCAAGGAGACGCCCCCUACGAGGCUGACGCGGAGACGGGACCGACGAACCUCUACGGCCAGACCAAGCUGGACGGCGAGCGCGCCAUGCUGGACGAGUACGAGGCUGCCGGCCGCGCGGGGCUGGGCCUCGUCCUCCGCGUGCCCGUGCUGUACGGCAAGGCGGAUACGCCGGCGGAGAGCGCGACCAACGUGCUCAUGGACACGUUGUGGAAGACGCAGGACGGUGGCGCCAAGGUGAAGAUGGAUCACUGGGCGAUUCGGUACCCGACCAACACAGAGGAUAUCGGGCGCGUGUGUCACGAUAUCGCCGACAAGUACCUGGGGGCCGAAGAUCGUAGCUCGUUCCCCAGGAUCCUGCAGUUCUCUAGCGAGGACAAGAUGACAAAGUACGAGAUUUGCCAAAAGUUUGCAGACAUUAUGGACCUCUCCAUGGACGGUAUCAUUGCCAACACGGAGGGCAACGAUCCCAACGCGAGUGUGCAGAGGCCGUACGAUUGUCAUCUCAGCACGCGGGCUCUCAAGGACCUAGGUAUUGAUGUGUCGACAAGUGACUUUGUCGGAUGGUGGAGGCGCGAGGUACAUGCUUUCCGGCACUGA